AUGUGUGGGGGCAGGAUCCGGCCAGAGCUCAGGGGCAGGAGUGUGGGAGUUAUCUACACAGCAGAUAUUCUUGACCGAGAGACAACCAAAUCCUACUGGUUGACAGUGUAUGCGACUGAUCAUGGUGUCGUCCCACUCUACACUACCAUCGAAGUCUACAUUGAAGUGGAGGAUGUGAAUGACAAUGCCCCUCUCACUUCUGAACCGAUCUAUUACCCAGCCGUCAUGGAAAACUCCCCAAAGGAUGUAUCUGUCAUUCAGAUCCAAGCCCAGGACCCUGACUCCAGCACUAAUGAAAAACUGACUUACCGGAUUACAAGCGGAAAUCCCCAGAACUUCUUUGUAAUCAAUCCCAAAACAGGUCUGAUUACAACAACGUCAAGAAAAUUGGAUCGGGAACAGCAAGCAGAGCACUUUUUGGAGGUUACCGUCUCAGAUGGGGGCACCUCUCCCAAGCAGUCCUCCGUUUGGGUGGUGGUCCAGGUUCUGGAUGAGAAUGAUAACAAACCUCAGUUUCCAGAGAAAGUCUAUCAGAUCAAGCUGCCAGAGAGGGACCGUAAGAAAAGAGGGGAGCCGAUCUACAGAGCUUUUGCUUUUGACAAAGACGAAGGUCCUAAUGCAGAAAUCUCCUACAGCAUUGUGGAUGGAAAUGAUGAUGGGAAAUUUUUUAUUGAUCCCAAAACAGGGAUGGUUUCUUCCAGAAAGCAGUUCACAGCAGGGAGUUAUGACAUCUUAACAAUAAAAGCAGUGGACAAUGGCCGGCCCCAAAAAUCUUCAACUGCACGCCUGCAUAUUGAGUGGAUAAAAAAGCCUGCGCCCUCGCCCGUGCCCCUGACUUUCGAUGAACCCUUUUACAACUUCACCAUCAUGGAAAGCGAUAAAGUGACAGAAAUCGUUGGGGUGGUCUCUGUGCAGCCAUCUAACAUUCCUCUCUGGUUUGAUAUUGUCGGAGGGAAUUACGAUAGUUCUUUCGACGCGGAGAAGGGAGUGGGCACUAUUGUCAUUGCAAAGCCCUUGGAUGCAGAGCAGAGGUCAAUAUAUAAUAUGACUGUGGAGGUCACCGAUGGAACAAACAUUGCCACGACUCAGGUUCUUAUCAAAGUGUUGGAUAACAAUGAUAAUGGCCCAGAAUUCUCUCACCCAACUUACGAUGUCACCAUUUCAGAGGACAUCCUCCCUGAUACUGAAAUUCUGCAAAUUGAAGCUAUAGACAGAGAUGAAAAGCAUAAGUUGAGCUACACUAUUCACAGCAGCAUUGAUACAGUCAGCAUGAGAAAAUUCAGAAUUGAUCCCAGCACUGGGGUGCUCUAUACUGCUGAGAGAUUAGACCACGAAGCUCAAGAUAAGCACAUCCUUAAUGUCAUGGUCCGAGAUCAAGAAUUCCCUUAUAGAAAAAACCUGGCCAGAGUCAUCAUAAAUGUGGAAGACUCCAAUGACCACAGUCCAUACUUCACCAGCCCGUUGUACGAAGCCUCAGUGUUUGAAUCAGCAGCAGUUGGAUCAGCCGUCUUGCAGGUCACGGCUUUGGACAAAGAUAAAGGAGAAAAUGCGGAGCUUAUCUACACUAUUGAAGCAGGAAAUACAGGAAACACAUUCAAGAUUGAACCAGUUUUAGGGAUCAUUACAUUACUGAAGGAGCCAGACUUAACUGCGAUGGGACAGUUUGUUUUGUCAGUCAAAGUGACUGAUCAAGGUUCUCCACCGCUGUCUGCAACAGCAAUUGUGCGGAUAUCUGUGACGAUGGCAGAUAACUCCCACCCUAAGUUCACUCUCAAAGAGUACCAAGCGGAGAUUAAUGAAAAUGUGGAUAUUGGUACUUCUGUCAUCUCUCUCUCUGCAAUCAGUCAGUCCACGUUAGUUUAUGAGGUUAAAGAUGGGAAUGUGGAUGGAGUCUUCACUAUAAACCCAUAUUCUGGAGUGAUCACCAGUCAAAAGGCCCUCGAUUAUGAACGUGCUUCCUUCUAUCAGCUCAUCGUACAGGCAACCAAUAUGGCAGGCAUGGCAUCAAAUGCUACUGUGAACAUUCAGAUUGUUGAUGAAAAUGAUAACCCACCAGUUUUUCUCUUCUCUCAAUACUCGGGCAGCAUAAGUGAAGCUGCUCCUGUAAAUAGCAUAGUCCGGAGUGCGAAUAACAGUCCCCUCGUGAUACGUGCCACUGAUGCUGACAGCAACCAGAAUGCUUUACUUGUCUACCAGAUCGUUGAAUCUACUGCAAAAAAGUAUUUCACGGUAGAUUCCAGCACAGGUGCAAUCAGAACAAUUGCAAAUUUAGAUCAUGAAACAAUAGCGCACUUCCACUUCCAUGUGCAUGUUAGAGACAGCGGGAAUCCCCAGCUUACAGCAGAGAGCCCAGUUGAAGUGACCAUUGAGGUAACUGAUGUCAAUGACAAUCCACCAGCCUUCAGCCAGGCCGUAUUUGAGACAGUCUUGCUCCUGCCCACAUAUGUUGGUGUUGAGGUUCUCAAAGUCAAGGCUACAGACCCAGAUUCAGAGAUCCCUCCUGAGCUAACAUAUAGUCUAAUUGAAGGCAAUAUGGACCAUUUUUUAAUUGAUUCAAGCACAGGGGUACUCACCAUUAAAAACAAUAGUCUCUCCAAAGACCAUUACAUGCUAAUAGUAAGAGUAUCCGAUGGGAAAUUUUAUAGCACUGCUAUGGUGACAAUAAUGGUAAAAGAAGCCAUGGACAGUGGGCUCCAUUUCACACAAAAUUUUUAUUCCACUUCUAUCUCAGAAAAUAGCACCAAUAUUACAAAGAUUGCUGUGGUGAAUGCUGUUGGUAACCGCCUUAAUGAGCCUCUGAAAUACAGUAUAUUAAACCCAGGCAACAAAUUUAAAAUCAAAUCUACCUCAGGGGUCAUUCAGACAACUGGCAUCCCUUUUGACCGAGAGGAACAAGAGCUGUACGAGUUGGUGGUGGAAGCAAGCCGUGAACUAGAUCACCUUCGUGUCGCUCGAGUGGUAGUGAGGGUUUACAUUGAGGACAUAAAUGACAAUGCCCCAGUGUUCGUAGGGCUUCCAUACUAUGCUGCUGUGCAAGUCGAUGCUGAGCCUGGUACCCUGAUCUAUCGAGUGACGGCUAUUGAUAAAGAUAAGGGUGAAAAUGGUGAGGUGUCGUAUCUUCUGAAGGAAGACUACGGACAUUUUGAAAUUGAUAGAGGAUCUGGUAGCAUCACUUUAAAAGAAGCCUUCAAUUCUGAUUUGUCUAAUAUAGAGUAUUUGGUUGUCAUUCUUGCAAAAGAUGGUGGUAACCCAUCGUUGUCUGCUUCGGUAGAACUCCCCAUUACAAUUGUUAACAAAGCAAUGCCUGUAUUUGACAAGCCCUUCUAUACAGCUUCCGUGAAUGAAGAUGUAGAAAUGCACACACCAAUUUUAAGCAUAAAUGCAACCAGUCCAGAAGGCCAGGGUAUCAUUUAUAUCAUUGUCGAUGGAGAUCCCUACAACCAGUUUAAUAUCGACUUUGAUACUGGAGUUCUGAGUGUCAUCAGCCCACUGGACUAUGAAAUAAAUUCUCUUUUCAAGCUGAUGGUGCGAGCCAGCGAUGCCCUCACUGGUGCUCGAGCUGAGGUCACUGUGGACUUGAUCAUUAAUGAUGUUAAUGAUAAUCCUCCAGUUUUUGAUCAGUCAGCUUAUAAUGCUACUUUGUCUGAAGCAUCUUUGAUUGGGACUCCUGUACUGCAGGUUGUUGCUAUUGAUGCCGACUCUGACAAUAACAAGAUUGUGCAGUAUCAGAUAGUCCAGGACACCUUUAACAGCACAGACUAUUUCCACAUAGACAGCACCAGUGGCCUAAUUCUGACAGCCCGGAUGCUGGAUCAUGAACUCAUACAGCAGUGCAGCUUGAAAGUCAGAGCAACUGAUAAUGGGUUCCCACCACUAAGCAGUGAGGUUCUUGUUAGUAUCUCAAUAACAGAUAUGAAUGACAACCCUCCAGUUUUUAACCAGUUAAUAUACGAAUCAUAUGUGAGCGAACUGGCGCCUCGGGGUCAUUUUGUGACUUGCGUCCAAGCCUCUGAUGCCGACAGCUCUGAUUUUGACAGACUGGAGUACAGCAUCCUAUCAGGAAAUGAUCGGACCAGUUUUAUUAUGGACAGCAAGAGUGGUGUUAUCACCCUUUCCAACCAUCGCAAGCAGAGAAUGGAGCCCAUGUACAGCCUAAAUGUCUCUGUGUCAGAUGGGCUGUUCACCAGCACAGCUCAGGUGCACAUACAGAUCCUUGGGGCCAACCUCUACAGCCCUGUGUUUUCACAGAGUGUUUAUGUUGCAGAGGUUAGAGAAAACGCUGCUCCUGGAACUAAGGUAAUCCAUGUGAAGGCAACAGAUGGCGAUUCAGGUGUGUACGGACAGAUAAGCUACUCCAUAAUAAAUGACUUUGCCAAGGACCGAUUUUUGAUCGAUAGCAAUGGGCAGAUUCUCACAACUGAGAGGUUAGACCGCGAAAAUCCUCUGGAAAGUGAUAUCGGUAUAUUUUUGAGAGCCCUUGAUGGAGGUGGCAGGACUACAUUUUGCACUGUGAGAGUGAUAGUAGUGGAUGAGAAUGACAACGCUCCUCAAUUUAUGACGGUCGAAUACAGAGCAAGUGUCAAAGCAGAUGUUGGGAAAGGUUACUUGGUGACCCAGGUGCAAGCAGUAGAUCCAGAUGAUGGAGCCAAUUCCAGAAUUACCUAUUCUCUAUAUAGUGAAGCUUCUGUGUCAGUAGCUGAUCUGCUUGAAAUAGAUCCAGACAAUGGAUGGAUGGUCACCAAGGGUAGCUUUAACCAGCUGAAAAACACCGUUCUGUCAUUCUUUGUCAAAGCAGUUGAUGGUGGCAUUACUGUAAAGCAUUCCCUCAUUCCUGUCUACAUCCAUGUUUUACCCCCAGAAACUAUGUUGCCUUCCUUUUCUCAACCCCAGUAUUCUUUUACCAUAGCAGAAGACACCCUCAUAGGUAGUACCAUUGACAUUCUGCAUGUUUUGCCUAAUCAGGGUGCUUUGUAUAGCACGGUUAAUGGUGAGCUGACUGAAAACAACAAAGAUGGGGUUUUCAUCAUAGAGCAAGACACUGGGCUCAUAAAACUGGAUAAGAGACUUGACCACGAGGCAAAUCCUGCUUUUCACUUCAAAGUUGCGGCCACCAUUCAAUUGGACAAAGUAGACAUUGUGUUGACUGUGGAUGUGGAGGUUAAGGUUUUGGAUGUAAAUGACAACAAGCCCAUGUUUGAAACAGCUAGCUAUGAUGCUAUAAUAAUGGAAGGGAUGCCUAUAGGAACAAAACUUAUGCAAGUUAAAGCAGUUGAUGCAGACUCAGGUGCAAAUGGGCAGGUCACCUAUACAUUUGCAGUGGAAUCAGAGCUGGAGAAGAUCACAGAGGCAUUCACCAUUGAUAGCAACAGUGGCUGGAUCAGCACACUGAAGGAUCUGGACCAUGAAAAGGAUCCUGCUUUCACCUUUGCAGUGGUGGCCUCAGAUCUGGGGGAAGCUUUAUCCUUGUCAUCAACCACCUUGGUCUCAGUUACUGUGACAGAUAUAAAUGAUAACGCACCCGUCUUUGAGCAUGAGGUGUACAGAGGGUCAGUGAAGGAGAGCGACCCUCCAGGGGAAGUUGUGGCUGUUCUUAGCACCUGGGAUGAAGACACGUCUGAUGUCAACCGGCAGGUUAGCUACCAUAUUACAGGAGGGAAUCCCAAAGGAAAGUUCGCUCUGGGACUGGUUCAGAAUGAAUGGAAGGUUUAUGUUAAAAGGCCUCUAGAUCGGGAAGAGCAAGAUGUUUAUUAUCUGAACAUCACUGCCACGGAUGGCCUCUUUGUAACCCAAGCUGCUGUGGAAGUGACCGUCACUGACGUUAACGAUAAUAAUCCAGUUUGUGAACAGGUUGCAUACACAGCACUGUUUCCUGAAGACAUUCCCUCAAACAAAGUCAUUCUUAAAAUCAGUGCUAAAGAUGCGGACAUUGGGUCCAAUGGUGAAAUUCGCUACUCCCUCUACGGUGCUGGGAAUAAUAAAUUUUUCUUAGAUCCAGAAAAUGGUGAGCUGAAAUCCUUGGCCCCUCUCGACCGAGAGAAAAUCCCUGUGUACAACUUGGUUGCCCGAGCCACAGAUGGUGGUGGCAGGUUUUGCCAAUCAGAAAUCCAUCUUAUUUUAGAAGAUGUUAAUGAUAAUCCACCAAUGUUUUCAUCUGAUCACUACAACGCAUGUGUCUAUGAGAAUACAGCCACGAAAGCUUUGUUAACAAGAGUCCAAGCCACUGAUCCUGAUGUUGGUGUGAACAGAAAAGUUACCUAUUCUCUGGCAGACUCCGCAGAUGGUUACUUCUCAGUUGAUCGGUCAUCAGGAAUCAUUAUUUUGGAGCAUCCUCUUGAUAGAGAGCUUCAGUCUUCCUAUAACAUCAGUGUAAAGGCCUCCGAUCAGAGCAUUGUGUUGACCUUGUCCUCAUUUGCCACCGUUACCAUUACAGUGCUAGACAUUAAUGACAACCCCCCUGUGUUUGAAAGAAGAGAUUAUCUUGUUACAGUACCUGAAGACACCUCACCUGGUACUGAGGUCCUCUCUGUUUUUGCUACAAGCCAAGACAUUGGAACUAAUGCUGAGAUUGCCUAUCUCAUCAGAUCAGGGAAUGAGAAAGGGAAGUUCAGGAUUAACUCAAAAACAGGAGCGAUUUCCAUUUUUGAAGCUUUGGAUUAUGAAUCGUGUAAGGAUUUCUACUUAGUAGUGGAAGCAAAAGAUGGAGGUACUCCAGCCCUGAGCGCUGUUACAACUGUGAAUGUAAACGUGACAGACGUUAAUGACAACGCACCGAAAUUCAGCCAGGUGGUCUACAGCGCGGUCAUCAGCGAGGACGCUGCCAUCGGUGAUUCGGUGAUAAUGUUGAUAGCAGAAGAUCUGGACAGUCCUUCCAAUGGCCAGAUUCAUUUUUCUAUAGUGAAUGGGGAUCGAGACAAUGAAUUUUCAGUUGAUCCUGUUCUGGGACUCGUGAAGGUUAAAAAGAAAUUGGAUCGAGAAAGGAUAUCUGGUUAUUCAUUAGUUAUCCAGGCAAGAGACAGUGGCACCCCUCCUUUGUCUUCAUCUGUGACAGUCAACGUGGACAUUUCCGAUGUGAACGAUAAUAGCCCUGUAUUUACUCCAGCUAACUAUACAGCUGUAAUUCAAGAAAAUAAACCAGUGGGCACAAGCAUUUUGCAGCUGGUAGUGACAGACAAAGACUCUUUUCACAAUGGCCCCCCUUUUACCUUCACCAUCCUCACUGGCAAUGAAGAGGAGGAGUUUACGCUGGACCCUCAAGGCGUCUUGAGAUCUGCAGUCAUUUUCAAGCACAUGGUUGCAACCGAGUAUGUGCUCUGCGUGCAGGCAAAGGACUCUGGGAAGCCUCAGCAGGUUUCCCACACGUAUGUUCAGGUGAGGGUUAUUGAAGAGAGCAUUCAUAAACCGACUGCCAUUCCACUGGAGAUUUUCAUUGUCACCAUGGAAGAUGAUUUUCCUGGGGGAGUCAUUGGGAAAAUUCAUGCCACGGAUCAGGAUGUGUAUGAUGUCCUCACAUAUACACUAAAAUCAGAGCAGAAAAGUUUGUUCAAGGUCAACAGCCAUGAUGGAAAGAUCAUUGCCCUUGGAGGGCUCGAUAAUGGCAAGUAUGUCCUGAAUGUCUCUGUCAGUGAUGGACGGUUCCAGGUACCCAUCGAUGUUGUGGUCCACGUCGAGCAAUUGCUACAAGAAAUGCUGCAGAACACGGUCACCAUCCGUUUUGAGAACGUUUCCCCUGAAGACUUUGUUGGCCUUCACAUGCACGGGUUCAGGCGUACCUUGCGAAACGCAGUGCUCUCCCAAAAACAAGACAGCCUGCACAUCAUCAGUAUUCAGCCGGUGGCAGGCAGCAAUCAGCUUGACAUGCUGUUUGCAGUUCAGAUGCACAACGGUGGUUUCUAUAAGCCUGCCUAUUUGAUUCAGAAGCUUACCAAUGCAAGGAGACACUUGGAAAAUGUGAUUCGUAUUUCUGCUAUCUUGGAGAAGAAUUGCUCUGGACUGGAUUGUCAGGAACAACACUGUGAGCAAAGUCUAUCUAUUGAUUCACAUUCCCUGAUGACCUAUAGCACGGCACGAAUUAGUUUUGUGUGCCCCCGCUUUUACAGGAAUGUGCGCUGCAUGUGCAAUGGAGGACUCUGCCCAGGGUCUAAUGAUCCCUGUCUGGAGAAGCCGUGUCCAGGGGACAUGCAGUGUGUGGGGUAUGAAGCUAACCGGAGACCGUUCAUCUGCCAGUGCCCACCAGGAAAGCUUGGCGAAUGCUCAGGCCAUACUUCCCUUAGUUUUGCUGGGAAUAGCUACAUUAAAUACCGAGUUUCUGAAAAUAGCAAGAAAGAGGAAUUCAAGUUGGCUCUCCGUCUGCGAACCCUGCAAAGCAAUGGGAUUAUAAUGUACACCAGAGCGAAUCCCUGUAUAAUUCUGAAG